AUGGGAAAUCAAAGCCGAGGCUGUGCUCUGGGGCUGCGGGGGGCGGCGGAGGGGCUGCCCGUGUCCCUUCUGCGGGAUGAAGCAGCCAUCUUCCUGCGGUCUGUUAAAAGAGAUGUGAAGCAGAUCAUGGAGGAGGCGGUGACGAGGAAGUUUGUGCACGAGGACAGCAGCCACAUCAUCUCCUUCUGCGCUGCUGUGGAAGCCUGUGUCUUGUACGGCUUGAAGCGGAGGGCGGCGGGAUUCCUACGCAGCAACAAGAUAGCAGCUCUGUUCAUGAAGGUGGGCAAGAGCUUUCCGCUGGCGGAGGAGCUUUGCAAGAAGGUGCAAGACCUGGAGCAGCUCAUCGAGAAUGCACGAAAUCAAGUCCAGGGCAUCCCGGAGAAUGUGCGCAAGAUGCCGAAGCUGCCCAACCUGUCUCCUCAAGCCAUCAAGCACCUCUGGAUCCGCACAGCCCUCUUUGAAAAGGUCUUGGAUAAAAUCGUGCAUUACUUGGUGGAAAACAGCAGUAAGUACUAUGAGAAAGAAGCUCUCCUGAUGGAUCCAGUGGAUGGGCCAAUUCUUGCAUCUCUAUUGGUGGGGCCCUGUGCACUGGAGUACACCAAGAUGAAGACCGCUGACCACUUCUGGACAGACCCCUCAGCUGACGAGCUGGUUCAGAGGCACCGGAUCCACAGCUCGCACUGUCGCCAGGACUCGCCCACCAAGCGCCCGGCGCUCUGCAUUCAGAAAAGGCAUUCGAGUGGCAGUAUGGAUGACCGGCCGUCGCUGUCUGCCAGGGACUAUGUGGAGUCGCUCCACCAGAAUUCCCGAGCCACGCUCCUCUACGGCAAGAACAACGUCCUGGUGCAGCCGCGAGACGACAUGGAGGCAAUCCCGGGGUAUCUGUCCCUUCACCAGACGGCCGACAUCAUGGCACUGAAGUGGACUCCCAACCAGCUGAUGAACGGCUCUGUGGGGGAUCUGGACUAUGAGAAGAGCGUGUACUGGGACUAUGCCAUGACUAUUCGCCUGGAGGAGAUUGUCUAUUUGCACUGCCACCAGCAAGUAGACAGCGGUGGAACGGUUGUCUUGGUGAGCCAGGAUGGGAUUCAGAGGCCCCCCCUGCGGUUCCCCAGAGGAGGGCACUUACUGCAGUUCCUGUCCUGCCUGGAGAACGGCCUCCUGCCCCAUGGGCAGCUGGACCCACCCCUCUGGUCGCAGCGGGGAAAGGGGAAGGUGUUUCCCAAGCUGAGGAAGCGAAGUCCCCAGGGCUCCUCCGAGUCUGCGUCCGACAAGGAAGAUGACGAAGCCACAGAUUAUGUUUUCAGAAUAAUCUACCCAGGGACACAGUCUGAAUUUGUGCCCCAGGACCUGAUGGACACGUCGGGUGCUGGCCUGCCUCCCAUGUGGCAGCCCAGCACCCGCAAGUCCUCCUGCUCCUCCUGCUCUCAGAGUGGCUCCUCCGAUGGUGGGCCAUCCAACGGCUGCAGCCACGAAAGAGCUCCACUGAAGCUCCUGUGUGACAAUAUGAAGUACCAGAUCCUCUCCCGGGCGUUCUAUGGCUGGCUGGCGUAUUGCAGACACCUCUCCACGGUGCGAACCCACCUAUCUGCGCUGGUUAACCACAACAUCGUGUCUCCUGAUGUGCCCUGCAGUGCCAGCUCAGGACUGACUGUGGACAUAUGGCAGAGAUACCUGCAGGACAGCACGACUUACGAGGACCAGGAGCUGCUGCGGCUGAUCUACUACGGCGGGAUCCAGCACGAGAUCAGGAAGGCUGUCUGGCCCUUCCUUUUGGGCCAUUACCAGUUUGGGAUGACGGAGGCAGAAAGGAAAGAGGCUGAUGACCAGAUGCGCAGCUGUUACGAGCACACCAUGGCGGAGUGGCUGGGCUGCGAGGCCAUCGUCCGGCAGCGGGAGAAGGAGUCGCACGCGGCAGCUCUGGCCAAGUGCUCCUCCGGGGCCAGUCUGGAUUCCCACAUCCAGCGGAUGAUGCACAGGGACUCGACCAUCAGCAAUGAGUCUUCUCAGAGCUGCAGCUCUGGCCGACAGAAUCACGCCCGGCUGCAGAGCGACUCCAGCUCCAGCACGCAGGUGUUUGAAUCUGUUGAUGAAGUGGAGCAGACUGAAGCAGAUGCUCAGCUGGAAGAUGGCAAACAGAGCAAGAUCCCUAACGGGACAGUUCCCAAUGGCACGUGUUCCCCUGAUUCUGGCCACCCCUCUUCCCAGAACUUCUCCAUCGCAUCGGGUUUCUCCGAGCGCAGCUUCAGCAAUGAGGACAGCGCCCUGGAAACCAACAAAUCCUCGGCCAGCUCUCAGGGAAAGGCCGGCGGGUCCGAUGUGCCAGCCCCACCGGACCCGGAUGGUGCCCGGCGAGAGGAGAAGCUGCAGGGCCAAGACAGCCUGGAAGGUGAAUUCCCCACCGGUGGAAGCGUGGACUUUGUUCCCGUGGGUGAGAGCUCGGCAGGGGUCCUGCGUGAUCGUGACCCGGUGGCCCUGACUGUGGUAGAGAGCUGGGCAGACAGCGAAGCCGAAAAGCAAAGCUUGGUGGAGAGUGAAGGUAACCUCUCUGAGGAGCCGGAGAUGGAGAGCUUGUACCCGCAGCUGGAUUCUCUGGCUGUGGCUGACCUGACCAACAGUGAAGCAUCUGCUGUCUGCUCCACGGGUGUCACCUACUCUCCAGAGCUACUGGAUAUGUACACGGUGAACCUGCAUCGCAUUGAGAAGGACGUGCAGCGGUGUGACCGCAACUACUGGUACUUCACCCCUGCGAACCUGGAGAAACUCCGCAACAUCAUGUGCAGCUACAUCUGGCAGCACAUUGAGAUCGGCUAUGUGCAGGGGAUGUGUGAUCUGCUAGCCCCACUCCUGGUCAUCCUGGAUGACGAGGCUCUGGCUUUCAGCUGUUUCACCGAGCUUAUGAAGAGGAUGAAUCAGAACUUCCCCCACGGAGGAGCCAUGGACACCCACUUUGCCAACAUGAGAUCGCUGAUCCAGAUUCUGGACUCUGAGCUCUUCGAGCUGAUGCACCAGAACGGUGAUUACACUCACUUCUACUUCUGCUACCGAUGGUUUCUCCUGGACUUCAAGAGAGAGCUGGUGUACGAUGACGUCUUCGCCGUCUGGGAGACCAUCUGGGCAGCUGCACACGUUUCCUCUGCACACUAUGUGCUCUUCAUAGCCCUGGCUUUGGUGGAAAUGUACCGGGACAUAAUCUUGGAGAACAACAUGGAUUUCACAGACAUCAUCAAGUUUUUCAACGAAAUGGCUGAGCGGCACAACACCAAGCAGAUCCUGAAGCUGGCUCGGGACCUUGUCUAUAAAGUCCAGACUCUGAUCGAGAACAAAUGA